AAAAAAAAAAAUAUAUUUUUGUCUUGUAAUCUAUCUUGAAUUCUUUUUUUUUUUUUUUCUGUAAUUUUUUUUUUUUUAUCUGAAAUGUUAACAAAAAAACAUGCCUUAGAUGAUGACUUUGAGUCACCUAGAAAUGUAAUAAUAGAAAGUAAUGUGGAUUAUUUAUCUUACAAGUUUGAUGAAAUGGAUCUUGCUGCUUCUUGGCGUGUAUUAACAAAACAAAAACUAACAAUUGUAAAUGGUAUUCGACUUGAAAAUGCUUCGUGGAGGACUUGGGCUAAACAAAGAAACAAUUUAAAGACUAUCAGUCCGGAAACAUUGAAUUGGUAAAGAGAGAAAAAAAAUAUAUAUAUAACAUAAUAAUUACUUCAUUGAUAUAUGUGUGUUCCCAAAAAAAAA